AUGUAUAGGGCCUUGGUAGGCCCGUCUGAUUUUGUGCUGAUAAUGAUGUUCACCAUUAAAGACGCUUCUAAGUGGUGGAGUAUGUUAAAUGACCCUCCUAUUUGGCAAGAUUUAAUACUCUACCUUCUCGCUCUUCUCUGUAGCCUCAUUGCAAUUGUCGCUAUGAUGCAAUUGAUUCGAAUUCAGCAAACAAUACAAGACUAUGAUAUCAACGAAAGACUUCAUCAGAGUUUAAAGGUGUACUUCACAACUUGCACCAUACAAAUUGAGGCUACCACCACCAGACUUUCACCCUCCAACUGUAAUUUGCCCAGAGGCGACACUUACACAAGACUGUAUUGGGUGGAUACAGAGAAACGGUUGAGGGGAUUGAGCCACUAUGCCUUAAAACUUGCUUGUUGCCUGCAAAAAGAUCCUGGCCAAAUAAGGGCUUCAGAUAUAUCAGAUAGGGAAAACCAAAUGGCUGAAUUAGAUGCACGGAAAGCACAGAAGCUUAGCAGUACAGCCAAGACUCUACAAAGACAGAUAAAAACCUACAAUAUAUGUGAUGAUUGUAAAAGAUCACUACCAAAUCUUGAAUUAAAUUUUUGGGAUUUCAGCCGUAAAAGUACAAUAGAUGAUUGUUUUCUAGGUUUGACCCUGGCAGUCAACCCUAGUGUUACUAAUAUCGAAAUGGUCCACAAGACUCGAAGCACAAAACAAGAUGUAUUUUCUUGCUUUGAGGAAGUCUGCUAUAAUCUGCCAGUCGUUUUGCAGAAGAAAGCUUGCAUAACAUAUCAACAUGAAUUGCUUCAAAACUUCUCAAUUAACAUGUUCUGUAAGGUUCACAGUAUCAAAGAUGACUCUAAAGGAAUGUUGUCUUCAUGGGUGGGGAAGGAUUGUUGCCUGUGGGAAAGAAUCCACUAUGUUCGAGACGAAGAUGAUGAACAGUGGGCUCUGAGAGGGUGGUGGCCUCCAGCAGGAGGGUCUCGGGUUACUCUUAUUUCUUUUUCGUCUUCUGCUUUUCUAUUUUCUGGCUCGAUUAAUGAUGCCAACAAACAGAUAGUGAGUGUAGUGGCGAAGGAUAAAACAGUGGGACAGAUAGAAGAUGAAGAAAGUUCUAAAAUAGCAGGUGAACAAUUUGGUUAUCCUCUAAUUGUAAAAUGUAGAAGGUUGGCCUAUGAUGGAAGGGGUAUUAAUGUUGUUGCUAAAAGUGAAGAAGUAUUAACUUCUGCUAUGAAUGCUCUAGGAGGAUUUGGUCGUGGAUUAUAUGUCGAGCAAUCGGCACCUUUUGUUAAGGAGCUUGCAGUAAUUGUUGCAAGAGGUAGAGAUAAUUCUAUAUCAUGCUAUCAUGUUGUGGAGACUGUACAUAGGCAAGAAAGAUCAUAA